UCCUCUUCCGAGCGGGGUCACGAUACCGCCGGCGGGAUCUGUGUUUCCGAGAGUGAGGGCUGCUCGGCGGGUCAGGGCGGCCACCGGCUGGAGCCAUGACCCCGAACCUGCGCACCGCGCUGAUUUUCGGCGGCUUCAUCUCCCUGAUCGGCGCCGCCUUCUACCCCAUCUACUUCCGGCCCCUAAUGCGGCUGGAGGAUUACCAUUCUGCUGUCUUCCUUCAUUUUAAGCUGGUUGCUCACAUGACAAUGAGAAGGAACAAGCCAUAAAUCGAGCUGGUAUUGUCCAAGAAGACGUGCAGCCCCCAGGGUUAAAAGUGUGGUCGGAUCCAUUUGGCAGGAAAUGAAAAGGCUGUCACCACCUCUGAAUAUGAAAGUAGACAGAGUCUUCAUGCUUUCAGUUCUGCAGCAAGUACAAUAAAUCACCUGGCUAAAGAACGAUGGCUGGAGAAGAAAACUCUAGAAGGCUGUAAAGAAGAGUACUGUGCACCAGGAUUAAUUCCCUUCUUAAGUAUCAAAAGAACCCUGAAACAAAUCACACCAUUACGAAGGUUUUCAUGAUUUGGUUUCCUUUCUAAAAAUGAAGCUUUCUCACCCAGCUGCAUUUGGAGGUGAUCUACUUAUUAUUCAGUCUCUACCUCUUACCCACCUGAGCUGUGAUAUGAAUACAAGCAACCAGUAGACUUGGGAAGAUCCUAGUCUGUUUUGCCAUCUUCCAAAUAAGAAGUUUAGUGAAAAACCGCCAUAUUGAGCAGCCUCAUAGGGCUCUUUGAAAAUGUUAAAGUUGAUAAAACUCUUUGAGGACAAGGUACAUUGUACUCUUUAAGAAUAAACAGUUCAACUCAACUAUCUCAUUGGGAGGGUUGCUGCAUGUUGAAAAAUAAAUAACUAUGAAGCAAACCAAACUAAAUGGGUAUGCAUGCCUAGUAGAAAUCAUGUUGAAUUAAGUGAAAAUGUGUAUAUUAAAAUGAUUUCUUUUUCCUUCACAAUGGUGUAAGAUUUUUUGUAAAUCCUUUUUUGUAAGCGCAUUAAAUGAUACCCAGAAGUAUUAUUUGACUAGAUUAUACUUGACUAGGUAUUUGACUGUUUGGUGUUUGUCAGAUUGUAUACAAGUAAAAAUCUUAAAGGUAAA